AUAUCCAUUGCCAUCUCUAAUUGUGAGGGAGUUUGAGAGAGAAGAGACCAAAGACAGAGAAGGGAGGGUGGUUGUGGAAGGAAAUUAGGGAUUCAAGAAAAAGAAAAGGAAAACCUCUCAUACCUUAGUUUAAUUUAGGGUUCAAACUGAACAGACCUAAAAAAUUUUUGGAUUUUUUAAGGGGUCUUCCAAUUUUCUUCUUGCUUCGGUAUUUUGGUUGCUCACCCGUUGUGACACACGAAGGCAAUUCUGAGCGAAGUUGCUCACAAAAUUAGCAUUUGGCUGCCUCAAACAAAAAUCGUAUGUAGAACACAAAGCAGGUGCCGAAACUAUAUAAACCAUAACUACUCUCCUUGGAAAGCAGAUAAAACAAGCAGCCGUUAGAGAUUACCAGAGAAACAAAAUAAACGAGUCCCAAGUGAAAAACUAAAACGAGAGAGCUAAGGCUAUGGCUUCAAUAACAGAAAGGGAAGAGGCAUCACCAAGCAUAUAUAUAUCAGAGGAAUGGUCAGAGGCUGCCGACUCAGUAGCUUACGAUUCCACCACUUCACCACCUCCUAUUGCCCUUGUCUGUGGCCCCAAAAACUGUGGCAAAACCACCUUCUCUCGUUACCUUCUCAAUAUUCUUCUCCAAAGAUAUAAAAGGGUAGGUUAUUUGGAUACAGAUGUUGGGCAGCCCGAGUUUACUACUCCUGGUUUUUUAUCCCUCACUGUAGUUGACAAACUAACUCCAGAUUUGACAAUUCCAUGCUUGAAGACACCAGAGAGAUGCUUUUUCUUUGGUGAUGUUUCUUCGAAAAGAGAUCCAACGGCUUAUCUGAAAUGUAUAUUUACCCUAUAUGAUUAUUAUCGGAAGGAGUACUGCAAGAGUGAUAGCCCUGUGGAGAAUGAAAUGCCUCUUGUUGUAAACACACAUGGUUGGGUAAAAGGAGUUGGUUAUGAUAUAUUGGUGGAUAUGUUGAGGCAUAUUGCCCCUACCCAUGUGGUUAAGAUAAACACAACUUCUGAGAGAAAGAAUCUGCCAGGUGGGAAAUUCUGGCUAGAUGAGGGUUAUGGUGGGCAGGUUAAUCUAAUUGAUAUCAAUUCGACUCGUCACGACUCCUUCAAUAGAUCGGUUCUAAUACAAAAGGAUGCACGCCUUCUGCGGGAUUUACGAAUAAUGGCUUACUUCAGACAGUGUUUUCCGAGUAACCUGAAUAUCACCACAAUCAAGGAACUUGCAAAUGCUCUUGCCUCUCACCCUCCUUAUCAAGUCCCAAUAUCAAGCAUCAAAAUCAGACAUCUCCAUUCUCAGGUCCCACACACUGAAGUCUUCUACAGUUUGAAUGCAACCAUUGUUGGUUUAGCGGUUAGUUCUAAACAGCCAGAAAAUAUGCCAUGGUGUGUUGGUCUUGGAAUUGUUAGGGGAAUCGAUACAUUCAAAGGUUUGCUCUACUUAAUCUCGCCUGUGCCGCCAAUCCUUCUGGAAAAGGUUGAUCUUCUUCUGCAGGGAUUUAUCCAUAUUCCUACUUGCUUAUUGCAGGUGCAGGGAUGCAUGUCGCCUUACAUGUCUGGGAAUGUUUUGGCUACAAGCUAACUGAUACGAGUUCACUGACCAGCCAGUUGCUUCAUUCACUGAUCAAAAUUGAAACUCGGUGUUAGUUUUUAUAUUUAUCUUUCAUUCAUCUAAUAUAAUGUAUGAAACAGCACAUUUUAUUGAAAUUAUCUGUGUUGACUUCUUUGCAA